AUGAGAUCCCUUUACAACUCCGUGACCUUGUCUCGCGGCGCCUUGACCUUACGCGGCGAACGUGACGUCACGAGCUUCAUGAGGAGCUCUCGCGACCCCGAACUCCUGCUGUGGGCGUGGACCUCCUGGCGCGACGUCGUGGGGCCGCCCCUGCGCCCGCUCUUCGCUCGGACGGUCGAGGUGGCCAACGUGGCCGCCCGAAGGGGAGGCUACAGUGACAUGGGAGCGGCCUGGCAAGACGAACUUGAGUUUGGCGCCGGCGUGGACGUGCUGGCGGAGGUCAAGGCUCUGUACAACGAAGUGGCGCCUUUGUAUACUCUCUUGCACGCCCGUGUUCGCCACGCCCUCGCUGAGUACUACGGGGAAGGGGUUGUGGCGGCAUCGCUGCCUAUUCCAGCCUAUCUUUUGGGCGAUCUGUGGGGCCAAAAUUGGAUAGGAAUACUAGAUAUGAUUCUCCCCGAAGAAAACAACAGGUCCAACGCAUCAACAUCGGGAGAGGGCAAGAAAACCGUCAGGGAUAUGGUUAAGGAAGGGGAAAAAUUCUUUCUCGGUCUGGGGUUCCCGCCUUUAUCCAAAAAGUUCUGGUCAGAAUCCAUCCUCGGUGAUUCAGAGGCUCCGGGCAACACGACCUGCCAUCCGCGGUCCCUUGACAUGUUUUCGAAGGAUGAUUAUAGAAUGAUCAUGUGCAAUAUACAAGGUGAGGAAGGACAAGCAGUGGCUUAUCACGAACUGGGCCACAUCUAUUAUUUCCAGUCAUACAGUCACCAACCUACCAUCUUCAGGGACGGUGCAAACUCAGCCUUCCACGAGACUAUUGGUGACACCGUGCAGCUGUCUGCCAUGACACCCGCAUGUCAGAGUAGGUCAAAGGUCAGCGGGUACCAGGUGCCACCUCAGACGGAGGCAAACAGUAGGGACUCUAGUAACCUGUCUGUGCGUGAACUUCGGCACCUUCUGACGCAGGCGCUGCAGAAGCUCCCCCUCUUCGCCUUCGCUCGCGUGAUGGACGAGUGGCGGUGGGCUGUCUUCAGGGGAGAGAUCCCGGAGCAAGACUACAACAAAUGGUGGUGGAGGCUCACUCUGCAGUAUCAGGGACUGGCGCCGCCCGCUGCUCGCUCUGAACUGCACUUCGACCCCGCGGCCAAGUUCCAUUUAGCUGACAACAUUCCCUUUAUCAGGUAUUUCGUGGCUGUGGUGGCUCAGUUCCAGCUCCACCGAGGACUGUGUGAAGCAUCGCAGGGAAAGGGGGGGAACGGGGGUCGUCUUCACGCAUGCUGCAUCAAGGGCUCCAAGAAAGCUGGUCGUCUUCUGAGAUGGGCGUUGUCACAGGGCGCGUCCACCAGCUGGCAAGAGAUCCUGGAGGCUGUGACAGGAAGCAAGAAACUCGAGGCAUCUCAUCUCAAGAUCUAUUUCGCUCCUCUCACUUCCUGGCUCGAGGAGGAGGUGGAAAAACUCAACCUCACACUUGGCUGGUGAGGGUGAAGGGGGAGGCAAAAAGGGCAUGGAAAAAUAAGUGGAUAAAAGAGAGGAGAUGGGAGGAAAGGGAGAUGAAGAUGAUUAAAGAUCGGAGAUGAAGGAUUUGAUGAAACUAGGAUACGGAAAGAAGGAUUUAGUGCGAGUGUGGGAAUUUGCGGAAACGUUCGUCUCUUGUUCAGGUUACACGUGGAA